AAUACAGUUCUUCAAUAUAAUACAACGUCAUCGGAUCCAAAAAAAUGGACAGUAAAUUAUUGGGGAUUUCCAGCGUUAGCUCAAGAACCAACAAAAAGAUCUCGUCAUCAAUCCUCGGAGACUAAUAAUACUUUACCUGUUGAAUUAUUCAAAUUACUUCUAGCCGAUAAUCUUAGAAAUUAUGAAAAACCUUAUCUUCCUAAUGGUCUUGAUUAUGAAAAAGCAAUUUCUGAUUAUUUUUCUCAGAUGAAAUCUUUAAUUGAAGAGGUUUUGAACAAGCGAUGGCCUGGUAUUAAAUUUACUCAAGUUCGAUUCGUCUUCACCGUACCAGCUGAAUGGAGACCUCAUACUAUUGGUAUUCUUCAAGAUUGUAUUCAUAAAGCCGGAUUUACUGAAACAAAACACUUAAAUAAUAAUUUAGAAUUUACGACUGAACCGGAAGCCGCAGCAAUUUACGCCAUGGGAAAACUUGGGGAACAUAGGAUCCAAGAGGGAUCCUCAUUUAUGGUCGUCGAUUGUGGCGGUGGUACAGUCGAUUUGACAACACGAACGUUGUUACCUAAUAAUAAAUUAAGUGAAAUUACGGAACGUACGGGCGGUCUAUGUGGAAGUACAUAUAUUGAUAGAGAAUUUGCUAGAUUUCUCGAAAAGAAAUUAGGAUUCGCAGCUGUGGAUAAAUUCAGAAGGGAAAAUUAUGGACAAUACCAAUCUUUAAUCCAUCAUUUCUUUUGUCCAAGAAUAAAAUUUGAAUUUAUUGAUGAAAAAGAUGUUUUUCGUAACAUCGAUUUGGAUAUUGAAAGAACAUGUCCAGCAUUAAUUGAAUAUAUCAAUAAAGAAAUAAGGGAUGCAAUAGAAGAUGAUGAUUGGUUGAUCGAAAUUAAAUAUGAAGAUGUUUUGACUAUGUUUGAACCUGUUGUUGAGAAGAUUUUAAAUUUAAUUAGAGAUCAAUUGGCUUCUUCUAAACAAAGAUGUUCUACAAUGUUUUUGGUUGGUGGAUUCGCUGAAAGUCCAUAUUUAGUUAAAAAAAUAAGAGAUACUUUUGUAUCGGUAGUGCCUAUAAUUACUGUCCCACAAAAUCCGAUCACAGCUAAAAGAAAAACUUCCGACGGACGUAUUUACAAAUUCAGCUGUAUAGCAACUCGAGGUAGAGAAGUUACACCAGAUGAACCAUGUUCAGGAACAUAUUAUCCAAUUUAUCCAGAUCAAACUUCUAUUUUGUUUGAUGUUUAUGUUACAUCUAGAAAGAAUGCAAGAUUUUGUGAUGAAGAAGGUAUGCGUAAAAUUGGAGAUUUAGAAAUUGAUAUACCGGAUAUAGAAGGUGGUACUGAUAGACCUGUAGAAUUUAGUUUAAUGUUUGGAGAGCUAUUAAUUACUGCUACUGCUAGAAAUAUGAAGAAUCAUAAAAUUUAUUCAGCUAAAUUCGAUUAUGUUAAAAAUAGCUCUUAUUUUGAAGCUACGGAAAUUUAAAUUUAUUGUUGUGUCAAUAAAGUAGAGCAUUUUCUAUUAUCAACAUUUUUUUUUU